AUGGGCGAUAGGGACUUUGUCGAGCCGCUGCUGGAGAAGCUUAGGACUGUUCACUUAGGCCAGCCGAGUGCUUCUUACGCUCCCUCCUUCCGCUCCUUUUCCUCCCUUCUGUCUGUACACAUGAAGCCGGGAAAACCACUCACCUUUGCAACCAUCGAAACCCCUUCAGAUAAAACGGACAGCGCCGCCCAGCCGCACCGAACGAUUGUAUUCGGGCUGCCCGGGAAUCCAGUGCAGGCUCACAUCUCCUCUGCUCUCCGUCUGGACUUUGACCGCCCUGAGUAUCACGGAGCAUCCCUCCGCUGGGAGCCCAACGUGCCUGCUGCUCUUGCCUCCUCUGCUGCCUCUCUUCCCUCUUCCGCUGGGUCUACUGCUGCUGCUCUCCCUCUGGCGCCGCUCUUCCAGGCAGUGCAAUCGUUCCUGCGAGCAGCAGCAGUGGUAACAACAGUAGUGGUUCCAGAUGACCCAGACAAGGUAGCAGUGCAGGCAGAUCACGCGCUUUUGCACAUGGUUGCAGAAAAUAGAGGCUCAACUCUGAUCCUCAACCUGCCAGCCAACCCAACAUGGUUUCAGAGUGCCUGGCUGCCUUCAUGUCGGAUCUACCGCAUGGCUUGA